AUGGCGCAAGCAGAAAAACAAGACGAAGAGCUUGAAAAAACAAGGCAAUUUAAGACCCCUCAAAAUAGUGGCAGCCACCGAGAUGCAGAAUAUCAAUCAAUGCCAUCCCCAACCCCCGCAAACAUCCAGCAUCGACUGGAGGCCCCUUUAGAGACUCAGGCUCGUGUAGACCAAGAUGGCGAACGGGACCUCGAACAGUUGGCGCCUGUCGCUACUGGACCCGUCUACUCUGCUUUCAGCAACUGGAAGAAGCGAUAUAUCGUUCUUAUGGUCACAUUGGCUGCGUUUACCUCUCCCACGUCUGCCAGCAUCUAUUUUCCCGCCCUCAAUUCUCUUCAAGCCCACCUGGGCGUCUCAACCGAGCUCAUCAGUUUGACCAUCACGUCUUACAUGAUUUUUCAAGGACUGGCUCCCACAGUUUUCGGGGAUUUAGCAGAUAUGGCAGGCAGGCGGCCAGCUUAUAUCCUCGCUUUCAUCAUUUACAUGGGUGCUAAUGUUGGACUCGCGUUGCAAGACAGCUAUGCUGCAUUAUUUAUUCUGCGCUGCGUACAAAGUACAGGAAGUAGCGGUGCUAUUGCCUUAGGAUACGGCGUCGUUGCAGAUAUCUCAACGAGCGCGGAUCGUGGGAAAUACAUGGGGAUUGUUGGGGCUGGGACAAUGGUCGGUCCCGCUUUAGCUCCAGUUAUUGGCGGAUUACUUUCUCAAUUUCUAGGCUGGCGGGCUAUAUUCUGGUUUCUCGUCAUUAUUGGCGGCUGUUUCCUGUUCCCCUAUGCCCUCACAGUACCCGAAACCGGUCGCAAUGUCGUGGGAAAUGGCUCAGUUCCUCCCCAGGGGUGGAACAUGACCGUGCUCGAGUGGUAUCGUCUUAGAAAAGAAGAACAGUCGUCCGAUGGUCUUUCGAGAUCUGCUACCGCGGAGGGGCGACACCGUCAGCAAGAUGAGCUUGCUCGGGCUCGGAAACUCCGCUUUCCAAAUCCUCUCAAGACUAUACAUAUAAUCAUGGAAAAGGAUAUGGCACUAAUAUUGAUCUACAAUUCCUUACUCUAUACGGCAUUCUUGGAUAUCGUGGCUUCAACUCCUCAGCUAUUCCAAGAGAUAUAUCACUUCAACGAUCUUCAAAUUGGACUUUGCUAUUUACCGUACGGUUGUGCUUGUGCUGUUUCGAGCUUCACGAGCGGCGUUAUGUUAGACCGGAACUACAAAAGGGUGGCGAAACAGAUUGGUUUUACUAUUGACCGAAAGCACGGUGACGAUCUGGCACACUUCCCUAUCGAGAGAGCAAGAAUGGAGCUUAUCUGGCCCCUCUUAGGCUUAGGCCUUAGCGCGUAUCUAUGUUACGGAUGGGUCCUGGAAAAGAAUGUGCAUUUAGCAGUUCCAUUGAUCCUUCAGGUCAUCAUCGGACUCACUAUCAAUGGAUCCUUCAAUGUCCUUAGCACGCUGGUUGUGGAUCUCUACCCACAAAGCCCCUCCACUGCCACGGCUGCCAAUAACUUGGUCAGAUGCCUUAUGGGUGCUGCCGGAACAGGUAUCGUCAGUAUCAUGAUAAAACACAUGGGAAGGGGAUGGUGCUUUACCCUCAUUGCUCUAGUCUGCAUCGCAGCGAUGCCCUUGUUGUGGGUUGAGUUAAAAUGGGGACCAGUAUGGAGAGAGGAACGAAGAGUUAGGUUGGAUAUAAUUGCCAGGGAGAAGCAAAGAGCAGAAUCACAAGAGGUUGACGAAUCUAGUCCGAAUGAUGAGACGGAGGCGCCCACUUCCGAGAAAGAAUCAUGA